UGGUACCAGGUGGAGAACCCGUGCCCGCCGAGGCGACUUCCCCUUCACGCCGUCGCCACCACCAGCCGGCGUGUCUUUCUCCGUCAUUUCCACACACUUCCUCUUCCUACUUAACCACCCCACGUCCACACGCCACCCCCCGCUCCUAAUCCACUCGUAAUAUCCGCCUUAACCAAACACCACCUGGCUAAACACGCGGCCAGCAGUUUUGACCUCUGACCGUGUCACGGCGCCCGCGGAAUAUCUACACCAUGGAGAUGGAGGCCUCGCCACCGCCGCCGAGCUCGCUGCGGCGCAGGCUGCGGGCCACCGUGUGCUGCUGCUUCGGCUACGGCGGCCGGGCGCGGUGGGGCGGGCGGGACAGCCGCGGCGUCGGCAGAUACGACCCGCUCAGCUACGCGCUCAACUUCGAUGAGGGCCCCGACGACAGCGACGACGACGUCGACUACGACGACUUCAGCGACGGCGGCCUCCUCUACCGCAGCUUCCCUUCGCCGCCGCCGCCGCCGCUGCCUCAGCCGGCCCGGGCGCGGACGUCGUCGAUACCGCCGCCGCGGCCGGCCGUCGCGGCCGCCUAGAUCUUUUGCUAGCGUAUGCUGUGUAGUGUGUUCGGUGUGUGUCCGUUUCAUUUCCAUGUUUGUUGCAUGUAACUAUAUAGUACUCCUACUAGUAGCUAAAAGAUGUUGAUCACGUUUCACGUGUACUAUUGAUCGCGUUUCACCUUUCAUUUGCAUCGAGAGAUCAGUUAGUUUCUCCAUGAGAUCAUAGCCAAGCUGCACUGCUGGUCUGCUGCACCUACGAAGUACAUCACCGAUUGAUCACGUGGAUUGGCUAGACGAUCCAUUCUAGUGUCGAAGAGCGCUUUCAUUCUGACGGAGAGGGCGUGGAAGGCUAGCAAGAAAAACAAGGGUAGAUCACUCCUCGAUGAAAGCAGCUGGUGGGGAAAUAUAUGUCGUCACUUGUAGGGCGGAGAGACAGAGCGGGGCAGCAAGGGUGGCGCCACAUAAUUGGAUUAUGCUCCUCGAUUGAUUCAUAUUGGACUAUACAACCAGCGUGCAAGGACCUGGACGUAACUUUUU